AUGAUCAGCUGCCUGCGCAUCCCCAGGCGAUUACAUCAUAUGCUCGGCCGAUCCCAUCUGGACCCGAAGCCAAAAACACCGGAAGCUCCAGCUGGUCACUUCUGCACACCUCACUCUCUUGACAAAUCUGUACAAAUAAAUGGCUCCUAUCGGCUGUGGAUGCCCCUAAGUCGGCAUCGUAUCCUAUCUCCCAUUCUCACAAUUCCCUGGCCUCGAAUCAUCCGCUCUGCGCACACCACUUCCUCCUCCACGCUGGUUCGGCCCACAGUUUUAUUACGGACGCGCCCGACCUCCAUGGCGGGCGCUGACCAAAAGUCCUUCCUGGGGACACUCUCUCCGUGGAGUACCCCGAGAAGCUCCACUCCCCAACCCUCUGAUCGCCCAUCGGCAAACCCAGACGUUUUGCAACGGUCGCAUGGCGAGGACCAUACGGUGACCCACCGACAUAAGUUGAGCUUGCGACACUACCCUCCAGACUGUCCACCGUUGAAAGCGAGAUGGUUCUAUGCCGUGGACUCGCCCAAGCGAAAGCCUGCUCUACUGGACCAGAAGAAACCCGAUCAGAAACCACCGCCUCCGCCUAAGAAAUUCAUUGCCUUCUCCCCGGGCGACUCACAGUCAAUUGAAACCACUUAUCAGAAGCUGUCAGAAAUCGAGGACUCGCAUGGGGAUGAACAGUCCCGAAAGGCUGCAUUACAAGAGGUGUCGACUAAAGUACCCGUGAACGAAGAUUACUUGUUUGAUGUGGAUGUGGAAGCACGAGAGCUCAGCCCGGCUUAUUGGAUAGGUCCCGUGUAUGAAGUCCGGCGAGGAACGUGGUUCUUCCAGGAAGGGUCUAUUUUUAAGCCAUGCGAGGAGAAUUUGGCAACACAGCUCGAGGAAGGCUAUGUGAAGCUACGGCCAUGGAAGAUCGAGACGGGAGAAGAAGGAGCAGGUAGGUCGCCCGAUACCGCCUCGGGGGGGAAACACAGUCGAGCAAAGGAAGGUGAAGACGGUACACCGGGCACACCUCGAUCUGCAAAGCCCCGCGAGAAGCCUCAACCCCUGGGAAACUCAGAAUUCCAGCAGUAUCGUCUGUUUGGAGCCUACAUGAACACGACAGUCGCGUAUCAGGAUGAAUCGACCGCCUGGCUCGCCACUGAUGAUUUUAUGUCACGUCUCAGCACCACCGUGUAUCAGAAACUCGGUGGCGCGCCAGGCAUUAAAGUGGUACGUGGGUUGGCAGAAGCCAGACGACCAAGGGAGCCACUGGACUCUCGGGGCACCGAGCAGAAACAGGACGAGAAAGUGGCAGGAAUACCUCCUCGUGAGACCAUGCCCGCUUCCCGCACUGCGUCAAAUCCGAGACCCAGUACAGCAGAUGUAGCAGCAAGCGAAGCUGAAGCGGAGGCCAUGGCAAGACGCCCCAUCUCAACAUUACAGCGACAGAUGUCCUCGCUUGCGGGUGAGCCCCAGAAUCCCGCGGAACUCGAGGAGCAGGCCCGUAUGCAGGAGGAGCAAGAGAUGGAAGAUUCCAGGGAAGUUGAAAGCGAAGAUCAAGGGCGAGAAGUCGAUCAUUUGGUGCUGGUCACCCAUGGCAUCGGCCAGCGACUCGGCUUGCGACUGGAGAGCAUCAAUUUCAUACACGACGUCAAUGUGCUUCGCAAGACUUUCAAGGGGGUCUACAAAGCCUCACCUGACCUCCAGGCAUUGAACUCUGCUUUUCCGGACAGCAAUAGUAAUUGUCGUGUUCAAGUACUCCCUGUCUGCUGGCGUCACCUUCUCGAUUUUCCAUAUCGUGGAGUUCGACAGAACCGAAAGGAACUUGAUUUGACUGAUGCGGACAACCUCGAGGACGAUACGUACCCUAGUCUAGCCGAUAUCACUCUGGAGAGCGUCCCCGCUGUUCGAAAUCUUAUCUCGGACCUGGCAAUGGAUGUCCUGCUCUACCAAAGCGGAUAUUGUGACCAUAUCGCCAACAUUGUCAAGCAAGAGUGCAAUCGACUACUUCAAUUGUAUAAACAGCGCAAUCCAUCUUUCAAUGGAACUGUGAGCCUCUGCGGUCACUCUCUUGGAAGCGCCAUCCUGUUCGACAUCCUAUGCCACCAACUAUCUGAUACGGAUUCCACUAAGAGCGGCAGAGCGACUGCUCGGAGCACCGAUGAUAUGGCUGAUCAACGAGGGGGGUGCAAACAGCGCUGA